AUGAGGAAGGGGAGGCCGGAGUCGCUGCUGGGACAGGUGGGGCGCCUCGCGCGAGGUCGCCGGCCGCGGAAGGGCUACGCCGGCGGGAGGGAGAAGCCUAACGCCGUCGGGAUUCUCGCCUUCGAGGUCUCCGUCCUCAUGUCGAAGGCCGCUCAACUCUGGCGCGCCCUAGAGGACGGCCGCCUCGCCUGCCUCCGCAAUGUCUCCCUCCGCCAGGAGGGCGUCCGCCGCCUCGUCUCCCACCAGGACGACGUGCUCGUUUCGCUCGUCCUUACGGAGAUCACCGACGCGCUCGCGUUCCUAGUCGGCGCCGUCUCCCGCCUCUCCCGGCGCUGCACCGACCCCCUGCUCCAGGGCUUCGACGCCGCGUAUGCCGAUCUCGUAAAGAACGGCGCCGACCCUUUCGGCUUCGAGUACGCCGGGCGGAAGAUGGAGCGCAAGGUGAAGAAGAUGGAGCGGUUCGUGUUGGUCGGCGUCUGCCUGCACCGGGAGCUCCAGACCAUGUCGGAACUGAAGCAGAAUCUGCGGCUGACGGUGGCCAACCCCGACGCCUGCCGCCGCCUCCACCCCGGAGCCGUCGCCGAACUCAAGAACAAAGUCCUGUGGCAGAAGCAGCAGGUGAAGCUCCUUCGCGACGACUCGCUUUGGGUUCGUACCUUCGACUACGUCACUCGCUUGCUGUGCCGCUCUCUGUUCUCCAUCGUCAGCCGGAUCAGGCACGCGUUCAGCGGCCAGCUGGAAGCAGAGGAAUCCUCUACCUCCGGCCUUCCAGUUUCAUUACGCUCGCCGGUUGCAACGGCGGAUCAGGUCUUCGCCGGCCAGUGUUUCCCCGUUCCCGGCAGAGGGAGCUCGCUUCCUCCCCCCUGGAGCAUCAAAAUCCUCUCGUCGACAUUGGAGCCGAGGCUCGGGCUGCCAAAUGCUCCUCCGGCAACCGUCGGCGCCGCGGCCCUCGCACCGCAUUUCGCCCGCGUCAUCCUCGCGAUCCAGAAGCACGCUGCGUCGCCAUGUCUGAUCGACCCCUACGAGAGAGACGAGCUCUACAGCAUGCUGACCUCGAGCAUGAAAACCUCGCUGCGAGUCAGCCUAAAGCCAAAAGCUAAAUCCCCGACUCCGCUCGAUCCGGACAUGGCGGCGGAGCGGAGGGCAGCGAUGGACAGGACACUAGAGUGGCUGGCGCCGCUGGCGAAAAACACCGUCAAAUGGCACCAGGAGCGGAACUUCGAGAAAGAGAGCUUGGUCCCCAGCUACAAUGUCUACCUGGUACAGACGCUCUACUUCGCGAACCAGAGGAAGACGGAGGAAGCCAUCGUCGAGCUGCUCGUCGGCUUGGACUUCUUGUGGAGAUACGGAAGGGAAGUCAACGAGAGAGCUGUGGCAGUGUGCUCGCGCCGACGGAAGAAAUCAAGCUUCAAGAUCGCCGGAAAACAAGAUGACCGCCUGCCCCUUCUUGAUUGUUCAUAA